AUGAGAUCUUCUGCACCUGGUCCCUCGGCAAGGCAGAUUCCUGUCCUUUUAGGAUUUGAACGGAGCUGCCGUGAUCUGGGAAAGGGAUUGGAGCUGGGCCCUCCGUACUUUGGUGACCUUGGCUCCAUAGAUCGGUUCCGCAAGGGUGUGCAAGCUUUUGGAAGGGGAGCUGUGAGGGCUAGUUCCAGAGCGGGGCUGGGCUCGGGAGGCUAG